UCAGCAUGGCAUCUCCCAAGAGCGCCCAGAAAGGUUACGAGGAGGUUCCCGUCGAGGAGCCCCUCCAUCACAUCCGUAUCACUCUCACCUCCAGGAACGUUAAGGCUUUGGAGAAGGUGUGCUCCGAGUUGAUGGCUGGUGCCCACGAGAACGAGCUUACUGUUGCUGGUCCCGUCCGCAUGCCCACUAAGGUCCUCAAGAUCACCACUCGUAAGUCCCCUAAUGGAGAGGGUACUAACACGUGGGACAGAUUCGAGAUGCGUAUCCACAAGCGUUUCAUCGAUCUCCAGGCCACCCCUAAGGUUGUGAAGGACAUCACUUCCAUCUUCAUUGAGCCCGGUGUAGAUGUUGAGGUCACCAUUGCUCAGAGCUAAGCAGUGUUUUCGUUACCAUUGCGGUGCCACCAAAAGCCUGUGAUGUGUGGUUUCGUCUCAAGAAGGAGAGCCGCCAUCACCCGCCACUGUUUGGAAGGGUAUAACCGUUGCGGUGAAG